AUGGACGACGGCGAGAUCGUGGGACAGAUCGGGGAGGGCGCGUUCGGACGCGUGAUGUACGCGCGGACGACGGCGGGUCGAGUGUACGCGAUUAAGACGUUCAAGACGCCGCCCGUGCGACGGGACGCGAAGACGGGGGCGAUCGCGAGGGAUCAAGUCGUGGGACUGCCGACGCCGACGUUUCGCGAGGUGACGACGCUGCGAGCGAUGAAGCACGAAAACAUCGUGCACUUGCACCGGGUGAUCGUGAAUAAGGAGGAACGGUCGCUGUCGUUGGCGAUAGAUUACGCGGAGUACGAUUUGGGGGUGAUAUUGACGUGGCAUCGAAGGCAUCGACGGUUGGUGUCGAGACGGAUGGUGAAGAGCGCGACGUGGCAGUUGUUGCACGGAUUGCAUUAUUUGCACUCGAAUUGGAUCAUGCACAGGGACAUAAAGCCGCAAAACGUGCUCGUGAUGGGCGAUGGGAGCGAGUGCGGGGUGGUGAAGAUUGCCGAUUUCGGUUUGGCGCGGUUCGUGGACCCGGGGACUUUGCUCAAGCCGUUGCACGAAAACGGACCAGUGGUGACUUUGUGGUAUCGCGCGCCCGAGCUGUUGCUCGGGGCGCGACAUUACACGCGUGCGGUCGACAUUUGGGCCGCUGGGUGCAUUUUCGCCGAACUCUGCACGCUCGUCGUGCCGUUCAAGGGCGUGCCGAAGGGUAAGGAGGACCCGAGAACGAUGUACCAAGAGGAGCAAAUCGAAGCCAUCGUGAGAUGCAAAGGCACGCCGAGCGAAGAGACGUGGCCUUUGCUCAGGGAACAUCCGUAUUACGAACGCGCGAAGAAGUUCUUUUAUCCGCCCGAGCACCCCGAGGGCGUUCCCGCGGACGAAAGCUCGCCGAUGCGGAGCGAUCCCGAACUCGCCGCCGUCUUCGACGAGCUCUGCGCGUACGACCCCGAGCGACGUCCGACGGCGUUCGAGGCGCUCACGGCCAUGGAUUACUUCGCCAAGACCGAACCGGAGCCGACGAGGAACAUAUUUGAUUACGAACUCGCCGCUGGCGAGCACAGAAUCGUGUAUCCACACCGUAAGAUCACGCACGAGGGCGACAAACCGCCCGACGACGAGGCGAAGCCCGCGAGACACGACGCCAAGCGCGCGAAGCGUCAGUAG